AUGACCAAGAGAUCCAAUCCUGAUCUAGUAGACCCUCUACCAGAACUAGAGCGAUCCCUCAGGCAGUUGAGGAAGCGGUUAAACGUAGAGGAGGAAGAGAUUCAGGUUGAAAAAGCCAUAGACAAGAGUGAACUGGAAGACACUACAGUAGAGAUGUUUGAUGAUGAUUUGAUGUACGACACCGAGAGAGAUGGUAGCAGCUCAGGUGGUUCUUUAAGCAGUAAGACACCAGAGCAAGCCCAAAGCUUGAUAGAGGAAAUGGCCACAAACAAUUCCAAUGGCAAACUACUAGGAGCAGGACGGGACGUCAAAUGGAGGAACAACAACAACAAGGGGCCACUAGGGUUUCGGCGACUACAUCAGCAACUGCCACAAUCUAUUCUCCCACCUCAGUCUCCUCAGACUCAAGAGAAAGAGCCUAACUUAGAGGAGCUGAUGAUGAAGUUUGUAGAUUCAAGCAAAAAGGUUGAAGAUAACAAGGCAAAGAAGGAAGAGGCAAAGAAGAUUCCACUAAGGGAAUACCAUCCCAAAAUUUCGUACCCUGCUAGGUUGAAAUGCCUAGGUGAUUUAACUAUUAGUGAUGCUUUAGCUUAUUUAGGAGCUAGCAUUAAUGUAAUAUCGUACAACCUAUUUGCUAAGUUGGGGCUGGGAGAGACAAAACCUACUACUAGGAUGAGUAUACAACUAGUUGAUAGGUCAGUCAAGCAUCCUAGGGGUAUUGUAGAGAAUGUGCUAGUUAAGGUGGAUAAAUUCAUAUUUCCUGUUGACUUUGUGAUCUUAGACAUGGAUGGUGAAAAUAGUGUAGCUUUCAUUCUAGGUCGACCUUUCCUUGCAACAUCUAGGGCAAUUAUAGAUGUUUAUGAUGGAAAGCUUGAACUUAGGGUAGGGGAUGAGACUGUCACCUUUGACUUGAAUAAUUCUAUGAAAUAG